ACACCUCGGUCAUCAGCAGUCAUCUUAACGCUGCAACCGGGGGCGGAAGAAAGGGGCGCGACUUAUGCAAAAGUUAUUGCCGCUGCGAAGGCGAGAAUAAAUGCAGCAGACAUUGGCGCACAAGGAGUCCGACUCCGAAAGGCAGCUACAGGAGGCCGCCUGUUCGAAUUCCCCGGGGCCUCCAGUGCUGAGAAGGCGGACUCCUUGGCUAGAAAGCUCAGAGAGGUCUUGAGUGACGAGGUCGUUCGGGUCUCUAGACCUACGAAGUCUGUUGACCUGCGGAUCACAGGCCUGGACGACUCCGUCACCAGCGCCGAGGUUAUCGCAGCGGUGGCAACGGUAGGAGGAUGUCCCGUCGAGCAAGUGCGUUCUGGCGAAGUUGUCAGUGGCUACGACGGGCUAGGGGCAGUGUUAGUGCACUGUCCCGUUGCAGCUGCCAAGAAGGUAGUAGCAGGAGGAAGGCUCCUCCAGGCCAAUCUGAACCACUGCGCCCGUGCCCAGGACCUCCUGAUACAACACAUGGCGGAGUGGCAGAUUCAAGUGGCGACAGCCGCCGAGCCCUACUUCAUCCCUACUCAAUCAAAUUGGGCUGGUGACGUCGAGGGAUCGGUGGCUGUUGUGGUGCCGGCACAUGGAAUUCCACUGGUUCCACAACGCAGCGGACCAGGGUUUGUAGCGGUCGUGUGGGGGGAGGUGACACUAAUUGGAGUAUACUUCUCCCCAAACAAACCCCUGUCUGCCUUCGAGGCUUAUCUUAGAAGUCUGGAGCCAGUGGUGAGAGGUGCGGCCCCGACCCAGGUAAUCCUGAUGGGGGACCUAAAUGCGAAGUCUGCGGCGUGGGGAUCCCCCAUAACAGAUCUGAGGGGAGUUGAG